AUGAUGAUGAUGAUAUGUGUUAAUGAAGCAAUUUAUCCAGUAAAUCCAUUAAGUAACUUUGGAAGUGAAAGGACUUACGUUCGAAUAACUAAUUUUGUUGGAUUAAACAAUGAUGUGAAGAUUGAGUGUCGUGAUAACAAAAGUCGUGGGCAAGUUAAUGUUCCUCCAUUCAGAACCUACGAGUUCAAUUUUAAAACCAAGGUUGAAGCUUUUGGAGGUACGAUUUUCAGAUGCAACUUCCAAUGGAUGAAUGGUACUAAACAAGUUGAUUAUUAUGACUAUGAGAUUUACAAUCAACAUAAAACUGAUAAUCGUCUAAAUUGUUGGGUCCUCAAGGUUGAAGGCCCUUGUUACUGCGAUUGUAAAGAUGAGAAAUGUGAUUACAGCAAAUGUCGCAAAUGGCCCAACAAAAAUUGA